AUGCGCCGCGAAAGACGAAAACAGCGAGAUGCUGCUCACGCCCAAGCAAACAAAGACCAACGACACAGCCCUCGACCCGGCGACGAGCCAUUACCAAAGCCCUCUCAGCCCAUGGGCUGGGACGAUCCGACGAACCCCAGAUCUGAGGCACCGGCAGGACCACCGGAGCGUGCCCCAAAAUUUGGAACCACGACAACCGUGAUGUCGGGAUCUCAGGAUCGACGUCAGGUCAGUAACCCCAAUACCGCUUCCUUCGGACAGCGGAUGCGUCACCAGUUUGGUAGAGGGAAAGCAGAGCCUAUCCAGAGCCGGCCAGCAUGGAACGGGGCCAGCGGCCGAGAAGCACAAGUCUCGCCUGUCCGAGAUGAUCUAAAUGCUGCUCCUCUAAAAAUUCCGCCCAAGAGCGCCAAACGGAAUGAGCGUGUCAGAACCCCUGUGAACUUGCCAGUCACGGAUAUCAAUGAAGGUGCUUCUGCUGCAGCCACUGCUGCAGUUCGAAGGCUGAUGCCAAUAAAGACGGCCCCAGCUGCAGACAGAUCGAGGGGUAACAGUCCUGCAUUCGAAACUCCCAAGUCCGGUGUUCCCAUCACACCUCAGGCGUAUGCAAAUGCGAAGCCUACGCAAAUUGCACCAUCACCUCAGCAGUGGCCGCCCCGAGACUCGUCAAUGUCCACACCAUCCGCUCCCGCAGCGCCCUCAAAUCUUGGUGUACCUGGACAGUUCAAUAUCCCAAGAAAAUCCAUCGGCCCCAGAACUCCUGCACAUGCUCCCCAACUCUCUACUUCAAGCUCCAUAUAUUCAGAUAAUCCAGCAAAUGAUGAUGAUGAUGAGGCCACUUGGAGACGGCUGGCCAGUGGAGAUCCAUUUGGACGACAGCCCCCUCCGCCACCACCUCCGCCAGCAAGAGAUGAAUGGUCCCCGGAGACUGUCCCAUCCAACUCUGAUGAAGAGGAGGUCGAAAUUCCCAUCAAGAGCAUGCCCAUCGUGUCAGUCAUGGAACGCAAAAGACCCAUUCCCGGACGCAAUAGUCCUGCUGCAAUGAUGGACAACGCCAUUGUCAUCUCUCUCAAGACGGCAACAAUCGCCGAACAGGAGGCCGAAAAGAAGGCGGAGGCGGAGGCGGAGAAGGAGCUGCCACCAGUACCUUCUGAGCCACUUGAACCUGAAGAUCGCAUUACCUUCCUCAGCUCUCAGCUAGAGAGCCUUGCAAUUCGACGAGUCAAUCUGACUAAAAGUAUUAAGCAGUUGACCGAGUUAAUGCCCAAGGAUAUGUUGAUUGUCAGUGCCGAAGUACAGCGAAAGCGUGAGGAGGAGAAGAGAAAGGUCGAAGUCAUGAAGCAAGAACUCUCAGACAUUCAACAACAAGAAUACGUGCUUGGCUUGAAGCUGCAUCGUGCCUAUAGACGACAAGAUCGAGAGUUAGAACACAACACCGGAACACUGUGGGUGAGACGGGUCACAGGCUAA